AUUUUGGUUCGUCGUGCUAUUUCAUCGACUUCGGUUGACUCUGUUCCCCAGUAGAAGAAAGCGAAGAAGAAGAAGAACGCGGCGGUCAAAGACAGUGAGCGUAUUUCAGGUCACCCGUGAGAAUGCUGACCGACGUGUCCAAGCUGCAAGUGGCCUUCGCCGUGGUCGCGGCGUUUGUGACCGGGAAUCAUCUGUGGGGAGCCGAUGACGAGCAGGCUGUUGUGUCACCACCGGUCAUCCCAAACUGCCGCGUCAUCAGCACCGGGCUCAGCGCUGACGAGAAGGCCGAGGUGCUCCGGGCGCACAACGAGCUCCGAAGCGCGGUGGCGAGGGGACUCGUGGAGGGACUCAAGCCUGCCGCCAACAUGCUCGCACUGAGGUGGGACGACGACCUGGCUGAACUGGCUCAAGUGCAGGCCAAACGAUGCAGCGUUUCUCAAGAGGUGAAAGAUGAAGAGAAAACACGUGAGUUUACAGCCUUGACCAGCAAAGUCUGA